CGACGUGUGACGGGGUUGCGUUCAGCUGCGCGGAGCGUCAGAGUAAACAUGGCGAUAUUUAGUGUGUAUGUAGUAAAUAAAGCUGGCGGGCUUAUCUAUCAGUAUGACAACUACGUUCCCCGAGCGGAAGCCGAAAAAACCUUCAGCUAUCCUCUGGAUCUUGUGCUGAAGACUCACGAUGAGAGAGUGAUCGUGUCCUUCGGCCAGCGGGACGGGAUCCGAGUGGGCCACGCCGUGCUCUCCGUCAAUGGCGUGGAUGUCAACGGGAGGUAUACGGCGGACGGGAAGGAGAUCAUUGAAUACCUGAAGGAUCCGUCCAGCUACCCGGUGUCGAUCCGGUUCGGCAAACCUCGCCUCAGCUCCAAUGAGAAACUGAUGCUGGCCUCCAUGUUUCACUCGCUUUUUGCCAUCGGUUCCCAAUUGUCCCCCGAGGUCGGGAGCUCCGGCAUCGAGAUGCUGGAGACGGACACUUUUAAGCUGCACUGCUUCCAGACCCUCACAGGUAUCAAGUUCAUAGUCCUGGCUGACCCCCGGCAGUCAGGGAUCGACGCCCUCCUGAGAAAGAUCUACGAGAUCUACUCCGAUUACGCGCUCAAGAACCCCUUCUACUCCCUAGAGAUGCCCAUCCGGUGUGAACUCUUUGACCAGAACCUGAAGUCCGCUCUGGAAGUUGCGGAGAAAACCGGCACGUUCGGACCCGGAUCUUGAGCGGGGGAGGACGGUCCCGGAGACCGAGAUUGCCAGACCUCUCGCUGAAACCUGCGGCUUUUUCUCGGGGGUUGGCAUGAAGCAACCCUCAAAUAAUCUGGGUGGCGACAAGACCUGUGAGAGGGCACUGAUCUCGGGAGACAUGUGGCCAUCUGCCCUUGGCAUUUCAUUAGUUCACCUCAGAAAAAUCUGAGAACCCCCCCCAGUCAGAGACAGAAUCCAGAAAGCCACUGUCUUAAAGCGAUCAUGAGCCUGUGCAACUGUUUUAUACAGAAAGUCUGAACUUCAUCUGUUUGUGAGUGGCAGCCCUAAGCAUGGCAAUAUCUGCAGGAUGAUUAAAGUCCCGUAAUGGUCUUGAAGCUGCAUUGUAAAUAUUACUAAUUCUAAUAUAUUGGAGGCAGGUCUGUACAUACUAUAUAAAAAGAUAGUGCUGGGUGUCUUUUGUUUUUUUGAAUACUGUCAGCCCACGUUCAUGGCAUUGCAUUCUCUUCUCAAUCCUAAAAUGUGAUAGCAGUGGCUCAUAUUGGGAAUGGUGCAAGAAAUGUCCCUGAUAUACAUAAACACCUCGCCUGAGAAUGUUACCCUUUAUGAUUUUUUUUCUUAAAUAAAGGGGUAUCUGAAAGUGUC